AUGUCUCGUCAGUCUGUCUGCAGGAGCUUUGGAGUCGGGGGGAGAAAGGGAUUCAGCUCCUGCUCUGCUGUUGGUGGUGGAUUUGGAGGCGGUGGUGGCCGGAGCAAGAUCAGUUACAGCUCGUACUCCUCAUCCCGGGGAGGAAGCGGAGGAGGACACUGUGGGGGGUUCAGUAGCCGGAGCCUCCAUAGCACGGGGGGCAGCAGAAGGAUUGCCAUGGGUGGAUGUUAUGGUGGUGGUGGCAGGAUGGGAAUGGGUGGCUUUGGUGGUGGAAUGGGCAGUGGGGGAAUGGGUGGAAUGGGUGGCUUUGGUGGUCCAGGCUUCCCUGGAGGCAUCCAGCCGGUGCAAGUUGACCCCAGCCUCCUGCGGCCAGUCCAUGUUGAGAUUGACCCCCAGAUCCAGCAAGUCAAAACCCAGGAGAAGGAGCAGAUCAAGACCCUGAACAACCAGUUCGCCUCCUUCAUUGACAAGGUCCGAUUCCUGGAGCAGCAGAACAAGGUGCUCUCCACCAAGUGGGAGCUGCUCCAGCAGCAAGGGCCAUCAGGGCCGAGGAAGAACCUGGAUGUGAUCUUUGAGAAUUACAUCCAGAACCUUCGGAGGCAGCUGGAAUCAAUCCUGGCACAGCGGGGCCAGCUGGAAUCAGAGCUGCAGAACAUGAGGCAGUACGUGGAGGAGUUCAAAACCAAGUACGAGGAGGAGAUCAACCGUCGCACGGCUGCUGAGAAUGAGUUUGUGGUGCUGAAGAAGGAUGUGGACUGUGCCUACAUGACCAAAGUUGAGCUGGAAGCCAAGGUGGGAGCUCUGACAGAUGAAAUCAACUUCCUGAGGUGCAUCUACGAGGAGGAGCUGUCUCAGAUGCAGACAAUCAGCCGGGACCUGUCCGUGGUGGUGUCCAUGGACAACAACCGGCACCUGGACCUGGACAGCAUCAUCGAGGAGGUUCGGCGCCAGUACGAGCAGAUUGCCCAGAGCAGCCGGGCUGAGGCUGAGGCCUGGUACCAGAGCCGGUACGAAGAGCUCCAGAACACUGCUGGAAAACACGGGGACAGCCUCCGCAACACCAAGAUUGAGAUCCAGGAGCUGACCAGGAACAUUCAGAGGCUGCGGGCUGAGAUUGAGAACGUGAAGAAGCAGAACCAGCAGCUUCAGUCAGCCAUUGCUGAGGCUGAAGAGAGGGGGGAGAUGGCCAUCAAGGAUGCCAGAAGGAAGCUGGAAGAGCUGGAGACUGCCCUGAACAAGGACAAGGAGGAGCUGGCUCGCCUGCUGAAGGAGUACCAGGAGUUGCUGAACACCAAAAUUGCACUGGAUGUUGAGAUUGCCAUGUACAGGAAGCUGCUGGAGGGGGAGGAGCACAGGCUGUGCAACGACAGCAUGUCCAAUGUCAAUGUCUGUAAGUAUCUGCCCUGGGGUCCUUCAGAAGUGGUAGAACUUGUUCUUUUGGGCAACAGCUCCUUGCGCAAGACAUCUGAGGGCAUGGCUGGAGCCCAGCUGCCUGUCGAGUUUUACCUGGAGGAGACUCAGGAGCUGAGCGUGGUCAGCACCCAGGCAUCUGGCUGA